AAUAAGGGAGAGUAUAUUAUACCUGGCCCGGACUAUAUUUGGUUAAUUAAUAGGUAUAAUAAGCUAUCUCCGUUUAGUAUUAAUAUUUAUACGUAUAUUAAUGCCUAUUCUCGGGCCAUUAUUUGGAUUUAUAUUAGUAUAUUAAAUUAUAUAUUUUAUUUAGUAGUAUAG